CCCAGCGCAGGCAGCGCGCCGCGGGAGCCCGAAGCCGGGAGCGCGGAGCUCGGCGCUGCGGGGCCCGGGCCGGGGCUCGCGCGGGCCGGAGCCGGCUGGGUCAGCUAAAGCGCUGCCGGGGAGGGGGCCGGGGCCGGGCCGAGCUCGGGAUGGCGCAGCCGCGGCCCCUGGAGCCCCCGGGCCAUCCUCGGAGGGGAUCACUGCCCUCUGGGGCCGGCUGGCAGAACACAGAUCUGUUUGAGAUGAUUGAAAAGAUGCAGGGAAGCAGGAUGGAUGAACAGCGAUGCUCCUUCCCACCACCCCUCAAAACGGAGGAGGACUACAUUCCCUACCCGAGCGUCCACGAGGUCCUGGGGCGAGAAGGGCCCUUCCCCCUCAUCCUGCUGCCCCAGUUUGGGGGCUACUGGAUUGAAGGCACCAAUCACGAAAUCACCAGCAUCCUGGAGACAGAGCCGCUGCAGUCGCCCACGGCCAAGGUGAAGCUGGAAUGCAACCCCACCGCCCGCAUCUACCGCAAGCACUUUCUUGGCAAGGAGCAUUUUAAUUACUACUCACUGGACACCGCCCUGGGCCACCUUGUCUUCUCACUCAAGUAUGAUGUCAUCGGGGACCAGGAACACCUGCGUCUGCUGCUCAGGACCAAGUGCCGGACGUACCAUGACGUCAUCCCCAUCUCCUGCCUCACUGAGUUCCCCAACGUGGUCCAGAUGGCAAAGCUGGUGUGUGAAGACGUGAAUGUGGAUCGAUUCUAUCCUGUGCUCUACCCCAAGGUAUGGCUGGAUCUGGGCCCUGCUCACUGGGAGUUGGUGGGUAACUAGGGGACCAAGCAUUUAUUGGGCACCUGCUGUGUGCAGGGCAUUUUUCCUAAGUUCUCUCAUUUAAACCUCACAAUAAC